AUGCCAGGAAAAGGAAAUGCAGUUCUAAAAGGAGACUGCAAGGGUAAAUGCCACCCGUCAACCAUUAACGAUAGUUUUGUGGAGACAAGGACACAUCAUUUCAUGGUUAAUGGAAAGCCGUUGUAUUUUAAUGGCUUUAACGCCUACUGGUUAAUGUGUAUGGCUUCUGAUCCAUCUACAAGGGUGAAGGUCACAGACGCAUUUCAAGAAUCUUCCAAGAUAGGAAUGAACCUGGUUAGGACUUGGGCUUUUAGUGAUGGUGGCAACAAACCCCUGCAAACCUCUCCCGGUUUUUACAAUGAGGACAUGUUUAAGGGAUUGGAUUUUGUGAUAUCAGAAGCGAAAAAGUAUGGGAUUCACUUGAUUCUCAGCUUGGUUAAUAACUGGGAUGAUUUUGGAGGUAAAAAACAAUAUGUUCAGUGGGCAAGGGAUCAUGGAGGACAAUACUUGAAUAGUGAUGAUGAGUUCUUUACCAACGUUGUAGUUAAAGGAUAUUAUAAGAAUCAUUUGAAGACCAUUCUUACGAGACGCAACUCAAUCACCGGGGUUGACUACAAGGAUGAUUCCACCAUCUUUGCAUGGGAGCUAAUGAACGAACCCCGCUGCCAGUCUGAUCUAUCAGGGAAAUUUCUACAGGAAUGGAUAGUAGAAAUGGCAGCCGAAAUAAAGUCCACUGAUAAGAACCAUCUUCUCGAAAUCGGACUUGAAGGGGUUCCGGGAGCUAGCGAUGAAGCUCGAGCUAAAUUUGUUGAAAAAUGGAUUAAUGCACAUAUUGAGGAUUGUGAUUCCAUCUUGAGAAAACCUUUACUGAUUGCAGAAUUUGGCAAGUCCUCUUGGUCUUCAGGUUACACCGUAGAAGCAAGGGAUGAGUACUUUGGUGGGAUAUUCAACACGGCCUAUGAAAGUGCAAGAAACCGGGGUUCGUGUUCAGGUACAACUUUUUGGCAAGUCAUGGCAGAAGGAAUGGAUAACUGGGGUGACGGGUACCAAGUUGUCUUGGACCAAAACCCCUCCACUGCUGCAAUAAUUGCCAAACAGUCUCAAAGAAUUUCAUCACUCUGCUCUUCAACCAACCUAGAGUUCUCUCCCGUUGCUGUUGAAAAAUAA